AAGUUCACAUAAUUGGAAGGACGUCAAACUUCGAAAUGCAAAUCACCGAAUGUUCAAAAGGUUAGGAAGAAAUGUAUAUGUUUUAUCGGAAACAUUUACAAAAGUGUUGUUAGUUUAAAGAUUUUCUGACAUGUUGGAUGACCAUUUAAAGUGAUUUAAAAGAAAUUGUGAUAGCUUAUAAAAAUCUAUGGUGAAUUGUAUCUUAGGCUCUUGUCGCACCACAAAAAGUACUUUAAACAUAUCAGUAAUGGAUUUUUCACUAUGUUGAACGACCUUUUCAGACGACAGAUUUAAGACAACUAUUCAUUGGUCUGUUUUAAUGCAGAGAGGAAAAAAGAAGAAUUGUGAUUCCAAUGUAGAAAGGAGCCAUGAGAAGAGAUAAUGUGAUAGAGAGUGUUAAAACCAUUCGAUUAAUGGAUACACUACCGAAAACUACGAAACAGCAUUCCAGUAAGCAUAUAACAGGGACAACAUCAAAACCUAAACAGAAAGACAAUGGAGCUGUGAGUCGUCCUAGACGAUAUAGUGUUGAUAUCGUGAGCUCAAAGCCGAUUGUAAGUCACAACAAUAAAAAUGGUCAUGAAAGUGAAAGCGACAGACGAUUCAAGCAGAGACGAUUUUCUCUGUGUACUACUAAACUUGAAAGUGACAAGUCAAAGGAAAAUAAUAUUUCAGAUAAACAAUCCGAAGUGAGAUCAAUAUUGAAAUCUGGAGUGAGUUCAGUGUGUAGUUCUUCUGUUCAUUCAUCAGAAACGGAAUCAUCAAUAUCGGAAGAGAAACAAUCAUCUGAUGUAAAGUGUUCAUAUAGAUUACCGAAAAGUACAGGCACAGGAAAAUUAAGGAAGUGUGUAUCAUUUAGGGAGGAUGAGUUAAAUGGUGAAAGUAUAACACGACGCUUUUCCUCACCUGCUAUGGACUUGUCUGCAAAUUUCUUGUUAUCCCCAUCACCAGUUUAAGAGAUAUUGCUUAAAUGCUUAAACUCCUUUUUAUAACAUUGUUUACAAAUACCGUUGAAAGUUCCUUACACGAUUAAAAUUUAACACCUGUCAUUAUAUGUUUUCGACUGUUUGUUGUAAGUUAUCUAUCUAGUUCUAUUUGAUGUGGUUCAUAACAGAUUUAGACUUUCCUUCAGUACGAUUAACCACGGACUUUCUAGAAGUCCCUGGAUAAACAAAAUUUCAAAAGUUCAUUCGGGACAUUUACAAGGGUGUGUUACCAAGUAAUAAUUUUGCCAAACGUCACUGACGGUAGUUUGUUUCGAAAUUUUCAAUGCAAAAUUGACAAAGAAAGGGCGUUGAGAGUCGUAGUAACUAUUAUCCAUAGGAAUCAAAUAUACCAGUAUCAUGUUUACUAAGCUGGGACAAGAUACGUAUGAAAAGGAGAGAAAUGAAAUGGGACAUAUUUACUUUUAAGAAUCAGCAUCAGUAUCAAACCAUUAAAUUAGGUAUACAGUUGAUUUCAAUUUUCACCAUUUUGAUUUAAAAAAAGAAGACAAAACACCGAACAUUGCCGAUUAUUUUCUUCGGUAGUUCUACGAAUGGAUUAACCCAUUUUGAUCCUGUGACAUAUUUUCCGUGUAUUAAAGUUGAAAACAUGCAUUUUAAAUAUUAAUGAUAAGUUUAUGUUCAUUGCAAAUCAUUUUCUGAAAAAUGCUACUGUGUUUUGUGUAAUCGAGUUGGAGCCUUUAUGCUUUUAAUGACUGUAUCAAUGAUGUUUACCCAAUUCUCGUUAAGUUUAUUUAUACUAUUAGAGAAAUGAAAGAAAUGUUGUAAAUGUGAACAUGAAGCAAGCGUGUGAGCUGUGUGGUGUAUGAUUUAAUGAAAAUAUGUGUGAAAAGUCUGCAUGUUCAACGGGAUUUUCUGAGCUGGUGCAUUAUUUUGUCCGACAUGCCAAUUUUGUUUAUUUUGUAUAUUAUAUUAAAGUGCUAACAAUGUUA